AGAAGUCAGACUGAUCGGCGCCGCGUGAGCCAUGGUGCAGCUCCGGCCGCGCGCGUCCCGCACCCCCGCGUCGGCGGAGGCGAUGGUGGAUGAGGGCCAGCCGGCCUCGGAGGAGGCGGAGCACGGCCUGCUGCUCGGGCAGCCCAGCAGCGGUGCGGCCGCCGAGCCCUUGGAGGAUGAGGACGGGGAAGACGAGCUUGACGACGAGGCCCCAGAGGAGCUGACCUUCGCCAGCGCCCAGGCCGAAGCGAGAGAAGAGGAGCGGCGGGUGCGCGAGACCGUGCGCAGGGAUAAAACGCUGCUGAAGGAGAAGAGGAAGCGGCGCGAGGAGCUGUUCAUCGAGCAGAAGAAAAGAAAACUACUUCCAGAUUCUCUUCUAGAACAGUUAACUGCAGCGCCGCACACCGACAUAAAGAAAUCACCAGGAAAGUUGAAAGAAGUUAAUUUGCAAAAGAAAAACGAAGAGUGUGAAAAAGGAAGUGACUCCAAGAAAGUUAAAGUACAAAAAGUACAGUCUUCCAGCCAGAAAAGCUAUUUAGCCCUAAGGCUAAAAGACCAAGAUCUGAGAGAUUCAAGGCAACAAGCCGCCAAAGCCUUUAUACAUAAUUGUCUGUACGGCCCAGGAACCAACAGAACUACUGUAAAUAAGUUUCUGUCUCUUGACAACAAGAGGUUACCAGUGAAAAAGGCUGCAGCCCAGUUUUUGAAUCAUGCUUGGGGAAUCCAGAAAAAACAAAACGCCAAGAGGUUUAAACGACGGUGGAUGUUCAGAAAGAUGAAAACUAAUAAAUCAAAGUAAAAGCCAAAUAAAGAAUCUGUACUUUGUAUGUAGAGAA